AUGGAGGAAGUAUCUCAAUGGCAAAACCUAGGGCCUGCCACGUCAUCUAACAUCAUCCCAAGUCAAUUCGAUCAGUUAUCAUCGGCCUUUUGCACCAAUGAAUUCUUAUUGGAUUUUCAGCAAGAUGGUCAUUACGAAAUUGCUUCUUGUCCUUCAAGUUCACAGUUUCCCAGGCCUAAUGAUCCAGAGAUGCUACCAUAUCAAUCAUCCAGGGGUAACAUUUUCGAUGAAUCCAAUUUGCAAACAAUGCUGAGACCUUAUUUAUGUAGCAACCAACACCAUAAAUCGUGUGAAAAGUUUCAAACAUAUCUGUCAGCCAUUAAUUUGAGGGGAAGUGCGUCUCUUUCACUUGACCAAGUCCAAUUACCUGGAGACAACGCAACCUUGAUUGGAAGGCACCUUCAGCCUCCUGAUGAUAAACAAAAUGAUCCUGAACCAGAAUCAUCUGAAAGACAUUUUGGGGAUGGUUCCUCUACCUGCAGCAGUUCAGGAUCUCAUGGACCAAUUUUCUUGAGUAAAAAACGAAUUCGAUGGACGCAAGAUCUUCAUGAGAAGUUUGUCAAGUGUGUCAAUAGCCUUGGUGGUGCUGAAAAAGCAAAACCAAAGGCCAUACUGAAGAUGAUGGAAGCAAAAGGAUUGACCAUCCUUCAUGUCAAAAGUCACUUGCAGAAAUAUCGGUCUGAUAAGUACUUGUCAGAAUGUCAACAAGAAAAACCUACUAUCAGUGGCAUACCCCAACUUGUCUUCUCGUCUGGCUGUAGCAUGGAAAUCAAGGAGGCACUGCAACUGCAUCUAGAUAACGAGAAGCAUCUAGACGAACAGUUAGAGAUUCAGCGAAAUCUAAAGUUGCAAAUUGAGGAAAAUGGGAAGCAGCUAAGGAAAAUUUUGGAGCAACAGCAGAAAACAAACGAAAGCCUAUGCUAA